AUGGCGUGUCCUUUUCUCCAGGAUCCAGUUGAUAUCGAAGCGCAAAUUAUUCGCAGAGCUCUUCAUCGCAAACGAAUCAACAUUAUUACAAAUGUUGAAGCCAAAUGGCCAGGCUCUGUGCAUCAUGCAAGGAUUUUUCACGAGUCUGCACUAUACAAUAAAUUUGAUCAGGGACAAUACGACGGCCUCCUUGUUGCAGACAGAGGGUAUCCCUGCAUGCCAUAUGUGAUGACGCCAUACCCUGACCCUGAGCCUGGACCACAGUCACGCUACAACCUGGCCCUCUGCAGAACAAGAGCAAAGGUUGAAAUGACAAUCGGGAUCCUCAAGGCCAGGUUUCAGUGCCUGCGGGGGCUCAGGGUCACCCCAGAGAGGGCAUGUGACAUUAUAGUGGCAUGUGUGGUAUUGCACAACAUUGCCACUAUCAGAAGGGAGCAACAUCCUGCCAUACCCCAAAUAAAUGAUGAGGAGGAACCUCAUCUUAAUGUACCUGAACACAGAAAUGGUCGAAUUGUCAGAAAUUCAAUCUGCAAUCACUAUUUCUCUGAUUGAUUAUUUUUCACCAUUUUCCUUACCCA